AACGGGCUCAGCAGACUUCCGCAUACUGGCUGCACUGGUUCUCCCCCCUUUACUCUCCCUCUCUCUGUGGUCGGGGGGCACUGCUUUGGACUAGAUCCGAAGGAGCUGCAGCGUCGUUAGCAGUUAAGCCUUGAGAUUCAGACUUCUUACCAGACCCGACUGAGCGUUUGGUGCUGCACUAACUGGCAAGAUGGAUCUAUCCUUAGCAGCAGCAGUGCUCUGUUCAACCUUCUUAGCGCCAGCAUUGGGGUCAGCUUUUGGCAGGGAAAUGCCAGCCUCCACAAUGGAUGACGUCCAUGAGCACGACAUCCCAUUUCAUUAUGACUAUGAAUCUGUGCGGAUUGGGGGUUUGAUCUUCGCUGCCGUGCUCUUCCUCAUGGGGAUCUUUAUUGUCAUCAGCCGAAAGUGCCGCUGCAGAGGAAGCCAGUCGUCAAAGCCAGUGGGACCAGUGGGGGUUUCUGACCCAGAAGCAGCUAGGGGUAGAAAUUAAGCUUGAACAUGCAGAAAACAGAUGAGCAGCACACCUUGCCACCAGAGGGAGACUUACAACACUGGCACCCUUGUGAUCAGCAGCAGCAGCAGCAGGAUGACUGAAGGCUAUAAACAAUCUGCUUCUUCUUCUUUUCUUGUGUGUUUCCCACUUUUCCCACACUGCCUGUUUUUCCUCACUGUCGGACACUGCCUUGUCUUCACCUCUGCAUUUGCUAGACACGUUAUCCUGAACAGAUGUGCAGGUGAUCUUUAGCUAUGUUUAGUUGAGAUUAUGAUUUAGUAGAGAUUGAGGCAAAACGUCUUUGUUAAAACCUACAACGUCUUAUUUAGACUUCUGUAGCAUGUAGAAUGUUCAGGCAGCAUUCACUUUUAAAUUGUAGCAUUUUAUACAUUUUGUAAAGUCUUUUCAUUGUUGCAAUGAUUCACUGUUGAGCUAAAUCAUUAAGUGUAGAGAACACCAGCUGUCCUGUCAAAUAAAUUU